UCGGCCGACUUCCGCCCGCGCAGCUUCCCCUCCCGGGUUUCGGGAAGUCCCCUCCCUUCCCCUCCGCGGAGCCCCACGCCUCCAGUCCUCCGCUGCAGCCAGCCACUGAGCUGCGCCCCAGCCCUGCGCCCUAGGGCUCAGGGACUCCCGGGGCCCCCACUCUUGGGGUGGGCCAUGGCGGCAGAUGCAGUGAGUGAGGGGGGGGCCAUGGCGGAGGAGCGGCCCCCCCGGCUGGUGGAUUACUUCGUGAUAGCGGGGCUUGCGGGGAACGGAGCGCCCAUGCCCGAGGAGGCGUGGCUUCCCGAGCCCAGCGGGCCCCUGCGCCCUCCGCGGCCGGCUGAUCCCAUCACCGAUGUGGCGGUCAUCGCCAGGGCCCUGGGCGAGGAGGUGCCCCAGGGCUACACCUGCAUCCAGGCCUCGGCUGGGGGUCACCCUUUGGAACUCAGUGCCGGGCUCCUGGGUGGAACUCAGCCUGUCAUCUGCUACCGCAGGGGCCGUGACAAGCCCCCUCUGGUGGAGCUGGGGGUGCUGUACGAGGGGAAGGAGCGACCCAAGCCGGGCUUCCAAGUGCUAGACACGACGCCCUACAGCCACUCGGCCAACCUAGCCCCUCCCGGUCCAGGGCACCCCCGCACCUACCUCACUUACCGGCGAGCAGCAGAGGGGGCGGGGCUGCACGCCCUGGGCAUCACUGACCUCUGCCUGGUGCUGCCCAGCAAGGGCGAGGGCACCCCUCACACCUACUGCCGACUGCCACGCAGCCUCAACCCUGGCAUGUGGGGCCCCGCGGUGCACCUGUGCUACAAAGUGGGCCUGGCCAAGGCCAACACACUGGUGUACGAGGCAGAGCUGCUGGGCCGCUACCCAGAGGAAGACAAUGAGGCCUUCCCGCUGCCCGAGUCGGUGCCUGUCUUCUGCCUGCCCAUGGGGGCCACUGUCGAGUGCUGGCCUGCCCAGACCAAGUACCCUGUGCCUGUCUUCUCCACCUUCGUGCUCACGGGUGCAGCUGGAGACAAGGUGUACGGGGCCGCCCUGCAGUUCUACGAGGCGUUCCCGAGGGCCAGGCUGUCGGAGCGGCAAGCGCGGGCCCUGGGCCUGCUGAGUGCCGUGGAGCGCGGCCGGGCGCUGGGGGGCCGGGCCGUGCGCAGCCGGCGCGCCAUAGCCGUGCUGUCCCGCUGGCCUGCCUUCCCGGCCUUCCGGGCCUUCCUCACCUUCCUCUACCGCUACUCCGUCUCAGGCCCCCACCGCCUGCCCUUGGAAGCGCACAUCUCGCACUUCAUUCACAACGUCCCCUUCCCCUCCCCACAGAGGCCUCGCAUCCUGGUGCAGAUGUCUCCCUAUGACAACCUGCUCCUCUGCCAGCCUGUGUCCUCACCCCUGCCCCUCAGUGGUGCCAGCUUCCUGCAGCUGCUGCAGAGCCUGGGCCCGGAGCUGGCCAUCUCCCUGCUGCUGGCCGUGCUCACGGAGCACAAGCUGCUGGUGCACUCGCUGCGUCCCGACCUGCUCACCAGCGUGUGCGAGGCCCUGGUGUCAAUGAUCUUCCCGCUGCACUGGCAGUGCCCCUAUAUCCCGCUGUGCCCGCUGGUGCUGGCGGACGUGCUGAGCGCCCCUGUGCCCUUCAUCGUGGGCAUCCACUCCAGCUACUUCGACCUGCAUGACCCGCCUGCUGAUGUCAUCUGUGUGGAUCUCGACACCAACACGCUGUUCCAGACUGAGGAAAAGAAGCCCCUCUCCCCUCGGACCCUGCCCCGCAGACCCUACAAGGUUCUGCUGGCUACGCUGACAAACUUGUACCAGCAGCUGGACCAGAGUGAGAGCCCUGUGGGGGCUGUGGGGGGGGGGACCACCACUGGCGCAAGCCUUCAGGCAGGAGGCCCGUGGAGAGCUAGACCUUACGGCCCCGCGGCGCCUGCAGGGCUGGGGGAGCGCGCGCACCGGGCUCCGCUGUUCAGGGAGAGGCCGUCUCCGGGCACCCUGGCCGGGGCCCCCGUCGUGACCGCGCUCCCGCUUCAGGUGCACCCGGAGCAGGAGAAGCCCGAGCCGACGCCCCUGGUGGAGCUGGAGGAGCUGUCGGGCAGCGAGCUCACGGUCUUCAUCACCCCGCCGGAGGAGCCCCCGGCGCCCGAGGGCAGCGAGCCCGCCCCCCAGUACUGCUACGACGGCUUCCCGGAGCUCCGGGCCGAGCUGUUUGCGUCUCUUCAGGAGCAGCCCGGGGCUCUGCCUGUGCCAGGCCCGUCCCGCAGUGCCCCCAGCAGCCCUGCCCCCCGCCGCACCAAGCAGGAGAUGAAGGUGGCCCAGCGGGUGGCACAGAAGUCGGCGGCCGUGCCCGAGCUGUGGGCACGGUGCCUGCUGGGGCACUGCUACGGGCUGUGGUUCCUGUGUCUGCCAGCCUACGUGCGCUCGGCGCCCUCCCGCGUGCAGGCUCUGCACACGGCCUACCACGUGCUGCGCCAGAUGGAGAGCCGCCAGGUGGUGCUGCCCGACGAGGUGUGUUACCGGGUGCUGAUGCAGCUGUGCUCCCACUACGGGCAGCCCGUGCUGUCGGUGCGGGUCAUGCUGGAGAUGAGGCGGGCCGGCAUCGUGCCCAACACCAUCACCUACGGCUACUACAACAAGGCUGUGCUGGAAAGCAACUGGCUGUCUGGGACUCCGGGCGGACGGCUGCGCUGGGCCAAGCUCCGGAACGUGGUCCUGGGGGCCGCUCAGUUCCGCCAGCCCUUGAGGGAACGGCGGCAGCGGCAGCAGGCGGCGGCACCGGAGGCAGGCGGCGCCCAGACAGAGCCCCGUUUGGAGCGUCCCUCCCCUACCCGUCCGCUUCAGCGCCAGACCACGUGGGCUGGCCGCAGCUCUCGGGACACAGCUUCACCCACGGGGCGCCUGGUGAAAAGCGGCAGCCUGGGCAGCGCUCGCGGGGCCCAGCCCACCGUGGAGGCUGGUGUGGCCCACAUGAUCGAGGCCUUGGGGAUCCUGGAGCCCCGAGGAUCCCCUGUGCCCUGGCGAGACGGAAGCCUCUCAGACCUGAGCUUGACCGGGGAGGAGCCGGCGCCUGAGGGCAGCCCGGAGGACUCUGGUUCCGCCCUGAGCACCCAGUCCACCGAGGCCCUGGAAGGGCUGAGUGGGAAGAUGCCCAAGGCUGGGGGGCGUCAGGACGAGGCCAGCACCCCCAGACGAGGGCUGGGCGCCCGCCUACAGCAACUGCUCACCCCUUCCCGCCGCCCCUCUGCCUCGCGCGGACCCCCACCCGAGCUGCCCCCUGACCCACCUCCCCCAGCACGCCGCAGCCCCAUGGACAGCCUCCUGCGCCCCCGAGAGCGCCCUGGGUCCACCGCUUCUGAGAGCUCAGCCUCUCUGGGCAGUGAGUGGGACCUCUCCGAGUCUUCUCUCAGCAGCCUGAGCCUCCGCCGCUCCUCCGAGCGCCUCAGUGACGCCCCUGGGUCCUCGCAGCCGCCCUCCCUGGAAGUCCUGCUGUCCAGCUGCUCCCUGUGCCGCGCCUGUGACUCCCUGGUGUACGACGAAGAGAUCAUGGCUGGCUGGGCACCUGACGACUCCAACCUCAACACCGUCUGCCCCUUCUGCGCCCGCCCCUUCGUGCCCCUGCUCAGCGUCCAGACCCUGGAUUCCCGCCCCAGGGCCCCCAGCCCCAAGCCUGCUCCUGCCGGAGCCAGUGGCAACAGAGAUGCCCCUGCUCCGGGGGGCCCAGGCCCUGUGCUCAGUGACCGCAGGCUCUGCCUCGCCCUGGAUGAGCCCCAGCUCUGCAAUGGGCACCUGGGGGGCGCCUCCCGGCAGGUGGAGGCCGGGUCCUGGGCAUACCUGAGCCCCCUGGUGCUGCGGAAGGAGCUGGAGUCGCUGGUGGAGAACGAGGGCAGUGAGGUGCUGGCAUUGCCUGAGCUGCCCUCUGCCCACCCCAUCAUCUUCUGGAACCUUCUGUGGUAUUUCCAGCGGCUGCGCCUGCCCAGUAUUCUGCCAUGCCUGGUGCUGGCCUCCUGUGAUGGGCCCCCGCCCCCCCAGGCCCCGUCUCCCUGGCUGACACCGGACCCGGCGUCUGUGCAGGUGCGCCUGCUGUGGGAUGUCCUGACCCCUGACCCCAGUAGCUGCCCACCUCUCUAUGUGCUCUGGAGGGUCCACAGCCAGAUUCCGCAGCGGGUGGUAUGGCCCGGCCCCGCCCCUGCACCCCUUAGCCUGGACCUGCUAGAGUCGGUGAUGCGCCAUGUGGGUCUCAAUGAGGUGCACAAGGCCGUGGGGCUCCUGUUGGAAACUCUGGGGCCGCCUCCCACAGGCCUGCACCUGCAGAGGGGCAUCUACCGUGAGAUCUUAUUCCUGACAAUGGCCGCUCUAGGCAAGGACCACGUGGACAUAGCGGCCUUCGAUAAGAAGUACAAGUCUGCCUUUAACAAGCUGGCCAGCAGCAUGGGCAAGGAGGAGCUGAGGCAGCGGCGGGCACAGAUGCCCACCGCGAAGGCCAUCGAUUGCCGGAAAUGUUUUGGAGCACUUCUGGAAUGCUAGGGACCCUUACUUUCCUCCCCCGGCCGGGGUGGGGGCAGGGGCGGAGGGAGGUGAGGGAGAAAGGACUCCAGAGAUAACCUGCCUCCCUGCUCCUCCCACACAGGAGCCCGGACGGGCUGGGAAGCAGGCCCAGACAUAGGCGCCAAGUGCAUGGGCAGCAGGAAGUGGGACCCACUGUUCCCACGGGUCCUGAUCGCCUGUGUGCAGCCUGCCUGGUGCGCAUGCUGAUGUUGUAGGAGGCCGGGGUGGGGCGGGGCAGUUGGCACAGCUCUGUUCUUCCCCAGACUAUACCAGGAACUCUCCUCCAGGGUACCCACAGAUCUGGGCUGCCCUGGGCCUUUUUUUUUUUUUUUAAUAAGUUUUUGUUUCAAAAAACAACUGGAAAAAUACAGAGCUACUGAGCCUUUGCCCUGAAUGGGAGGGAGGGAUGUCGUUUCCCACCAGUGACGGUCCUUCCCUGGAAUUGCUGAAGAAGCCUAAGGCUCUCCAUUAUACCUUUCUACCUUAGUGUUUGUACUUUAUUUAUUUUGGAGCCGUAGCCCCUUUCUUAGGAGGUUCUUAGGGAUGGUGAGAAACGGAAGGGACUCGGGGCAUGUGGUUCAGUGGUUUGCAGCUCCGGAAAAGGCAGGAGCCAACUAGAGGAGCCCCAAACUCCCCUCAGGAGGAACUGAUGCCCUGUCCCGCCCACUCCACCCGCCCAGGGCCUUGACCGUGCAAUAAGGAUUGUUCCUUGCAAAGUUUUGUUGAUGUAAAUAUAGUAAAAGCUGCUUCUGUCUUUUUC